AAAGAAGAGAAGCGCCGCCAUCUCUCUCAGUAAUCAGGUAUGAAAGGGCAGAAAGACCACAAUGAAAGGGCAGAAUACAACCAACGCACUCACUUAUGAUGGCAUGUGUGACCGUUCUGUCCCGUGUCACCGACUGGCCCUUCGUGAGCCAGUGACUCAUCAGCUUCCCGUGAUGGAUGCCCUGACGCGUCACGGUGUCCUCUGUGAUCUCGACAGCACCAUCGUCGGCCCCUUGGAGGACCUGGCAGACCAGCAGAGAGAUUUGUCGUCGGCGUACGACAUCAUCGCCUUGCUGAACGACCAUGGCGCCAAUCAGCUUUCAAGGGCCUCGGGCGACGAGAUGCUGCAGCUCAACGUGGGCGGCAGCCUGUCGAGUGUGCAGCGGCGGCACCUGACGAGGUGUAGUGGUUCCCUGCUUAAUUACUCCCCUGCUUACAUACUUGUGUCAUGUGCAGCGUCGAGGGGUCGCCCCUGUCCAUCUUGUUCAGCGGCAAGUGGGAUGGCCGAUUCAUCCGGGACCAGGACAGUCGAGUGUUCGUCGACAUGGACCCCCGCGCCUUUGAGCAGGCGCGCAACGCCCUGUUUGAGGGGCAGGAGGGCGUGGACCAUCUGCUCUGUGAGGCCCACAAGAGACAAUUCACUGGUAGGGAGGGAGGGAUGGGUGUGAUGUUUGCACUCACACACAUGCAUACGCCGGAUGUUUUGUUCAGGAGUUCAUGACUUCUGGUUUAAGCUGCUGCUGUCACCGCUCCCGCCGGUCGUAGAGGAGAAACGGUCCGCAGAGAGGCCCCAAUUGACGGCCACAAACAUCCCUCCCGAGUUGAACGCCUUCUGGGCGGCUGUCAAGAAAUUCAUAGAGGGCUUCGCUGCCCGCAAGGGAAGGCUGGCGCGAGAGCGGCAACCAAGAAGGCGGCAUACGACAAGGUCAUGGCCGAGAUACAGGUGACCCACACGGACAGACAGACAGUGCUAUGCAUCAGCAAGCAUGGAGCUGUUUAUGUGUAUGUGUGUCAUGGAUGGAUGUAUCAGGCGGUGCGGCCCUUCCUGGCUCCCCUGUCUGCCGCCCAUCCGUUCCUGCCACACGUCCGCAAGGGCUACGAAAUCCGCUCAGUGGACUUGUGCGGAACGACUAUCGCCACCACUCAGGCCACCCUGGACGACAUGGGCGACAUUCCUCUGCGCAAUCGAUUCGAUAUGUGUGUGAGGAGGGAGGGGCAGAGAAACAAAUGCAACGAGUGUGUGUGGAUGUGUGUGCAUCCAAUCAGGUGGUCGGGCGCUGUGCACGGAGUUUCUGACGAACAUUUCCGCCGUCUGGUGGACUUCUAUCGCCGCCAGCGGCACACUGCGGCCGGCGCACAGCUGCCUCUGGCCUGUGUGGUGCUGCGGGGGGCCAACGCGACAGAGCAACGAUUCCUGGACAAGACCGCCCGGAUGUACGGCGUCAUUGAGGGUGGCGCUGCCGCCAAGGGGAACGCCAUCACACAGGCACUCCAACAAAGGUAUGCAGGCGCACGUACGCGUCAUGAAGGCAGGUUUUUGUUGACUGACAGUGGCUCUCUCUCUCUCUCUCUGUGUGUGUGUGUGUGUGUGUGCAGUUUGUCCCGUUUGUGCCGGGCGAGUGGCGAACCUGAUGAUUGCUUCUGUGGGAGUGUGUCGCCGUCCGGUGUGCGGUAUCAGAUUGUGGAGGAGGGGACGGGAUUGAUGCCGCUGAGACACCAGGUGGUCACAUACGACUGCACGUACUGGCGGGACAAGUUUAAUGGCAGCCAGAAGGUCCACGAGGCCCGACGGUACGAGUAUCCUAUGAGCAGUGUGCGAGCCGAGUGGUUCCGUGAGGCGCUGAUGGCCAUGAGAGUGGGCGAGACCAGACGUGUGAUAACGCCCUUUAAGAUGUACGUUGAGCUGCGGCUCAUUAGCAUCAUGUGACCCAUGCGUGCUGACUUGGUUGGUGAGAUAACGGCCACAUCGUAUUGAUGGAUUUUGUUGAUUGAUGACUA